AUGUGCGGCAUCUUUUGUCUGUUGAGCCUGUCUCCCGCUCGGCGAGGGCAGGACGAAGCGCUUCAUGAACAUUUGAGGAGACGGGGGCCCGACUCCAGCAGGGACCUCACAGUCGGAGGCACAAACCCCUUCUACCAGUGUUUGCUGCGUGGCCACGUCCUCCACAUGAGAGGUCUGCUCACCCCUCAGCCCAUUCAGGACCACGCUGGAAAUGUUCUGCUGUGGAAUGGAGAGAUCUUCGGAGGCCUCCCGGUGAAGCCGGAGGAAAAUGACGCCGCUGUUGUCUCUCGCCGGCUGUCCUCCUGUGACGGCCCUGCACACGUGGCGUCCGUCCUGGCGGCUGCGCGGGGGCCGUGGGGCUUCGUUUACUACCAAAAGGCCGGAGACUACCUCUGGUUCGGCAGAGACUUCUUCGGGAGGCGGAGUCUGCUGUGGGACUUUGAUGCAGAGGUCGGCGCCUUGACCCUGACCUCUGUGGCUGGCUGUGGAGCGGCUCGGCGGGCCUGGCAGGAGGUCCCGGCAGUCGGUGUGUUCAGGAUAGACUUGAAGGCAGUGGGCUCCGUGGCGUUUGAGCUUUUUCCCUGGGCUCGACGUGGCAGCCAUCUGGCGCCGAGCUUCACUCCCGCCGGCUGCCGCGCUGUGAUGAACCGGUCGGGCCUCGUACUCCCGGCGCCCGUUGGCCCUCUCAACACCGCCGUUCCCCAGUCGUUGGACAAAGGAGAAACUCCUCCGAGCCUCCGUCCAUGCGUCAAGGACCUGGAGCAGCUGCUGGCGAGCAAAGAGAGCGACGCCCAAGUGAGCCGUCUCGUUGACGUCCUCAGCGAGGCAGUGCGGCGCCGCGUGCAGCCGCUGCCGUGCGAUUCCCCUCCUUCCAGCCCCCUGGCCCGCGUUGCAGUGCUCUUUUCGGGAGGCGUGGAUUCCAUGAUCCUGGCGGCCUUAGCUGAUCGUCACAUCCCUGCUCAACAGCCAAUAGACCUUCUGAAUGUGGCGUUUAAACUGCAGCUGCCAAAGAAGCAGAACGAGUCUGCAAAGAAACACAGAAAUAAGGCCACAGAUCUUAAGAGGGACGGCGAUCCCCAGACGCUGAGCCCCUUUGACGUCCCAGACAGAAUCACUGGAAAAGCCGGACUCAAGGAAUUACAAGACUUGUGUCCCCAAAGAAGAUGGAAUUUUGUUGAGAUCAACGUAGCAAAGGAGGAGCUGCAGGAAAUCCGGCUGCAGCGCAUUCGCCACUUGGUGCAUCCUCUGGACACGGUGCUUGACGACAGCAUCGGAUGCGCCGUGUGGUUCGCGGCGAGAGGAACCGGGCUCAUCAUGGAGGACGGUGACCAGAGGCCCUUCACGUCAUCGGCAAAGGUCGUUCUGACGGGAAUCGGAGCGGACGAGCAGCUCGCAGGUUACUCCAGACACAGAGUCCGAUUUACAAAGUCGGGACACGAGGGGCUGAUCCAGGAACUGCAAAUGGAGCUGGACCGGAUCCCAUCCAGGAACUUGGGCAGAGAUGACCGAGUGAUAGGAGACCACGGGAAAGAGGCCAGGUUCCCCUACUUGGACGAGGACGUGGUGAGCCUCCUGAACUCUCUGCCCGUGUGGGACAAGGCCGACCUGUCGCUUCCUCGCGGCGUCGGGGAGAAACUCCUCCUGAGGCUGGCGGCGAGGCGCCUGGGCUUCGGCCAAUCAGCGCUCCUGCCCAAAAGAGCCAUGCAGUUUGGCUCCCGCAUCGCAAAGAUGGAGCACCAACAGGAAAAGGCUUCAGACAAAUGCACACGACUCCUCAGUGACUAGCCACAUCGUUUCCAUCUUUUAUUAUACAAUCAGAGAAAUCAUAUUAAAGCUUUAUUUACAGUUACAA